UUUUAAAAUACAACCAAUCAUGUUCUGAGUUGUGCUCAGUACAGACCCACUAUAUUUUAGGUAGAAAAUCAAACCAUACUGCAAACGCAUUCAUGUUCUGCUGAAACUUCACAGACAAACACUGUAGAAUUCAUAGGAAAUUAAAAAUGACUGGUUUCUGGAUUUUUGGUUUGAUUUUCAGCACCAUGUAUACUCUCCAUCCUGACAGACACUGGGUUACAGCACAAUCCCUCAUACAACCACCAGUUUAUCAGCCUGAUAAAGAGCUCAGUGUGGAUAUGGGAGGCUCGGCUACUCUGCGGUGUUGUAUUUCUGAAAAAGUUGAAAUAAUUGCCUGGAUUAAGCAACCAAACGGAAAAAAACCUCGGACUAUAGUUACAGUGCAUACAACUUCUGGACAGGAGUUUUAUAGUGGAUCCACUAAGUCUUUUAAAAUAGAAAGAUCUUCAAACUGCAUCAAUUUGAUCAUUUUAAAUAUCAUGCAUUCUGAUUUAGCCAUGUACUACUGUGCACUGACGAAACCCAACCUUGUGUUUGCAGAUGGAACUUAUUUAAAACUUAAAGGUGAGCAUGUGACCAUUGCAUCAGAAACAUCUAAACCAACCCCGCUUCAUAAUUCAGUGGUGUAUGAACUGACACUGCCUGGAAACAACACUAACAUAAACACUCAAGAGAUAACAGUACUCUGGUUGGGAGCGGCUUUGGGCUUGUGUGUACUUCUGAUUUUCGGUCUUGCCUAUUUUAUACUGAGGAGAAGGAAAUUUGAUAAAAUAAAUGCAUCUAUUGAAAACUCUCCAGAGAUGAGGCAGGAAGCUGAAACUACAACAGUCAAUUAUGCAGCUUUGAAUUUCUCAAAGCAGAGAUCCAAAGCUGAAAAAAGAAACACUGGCUUAUCAGAUGUGUGUGUGUAUUCCGAUGUAAAGAACACUUCAAGGUUUAACAUUAAUGAUUUAUAAUAUGUGACACUAUUACACUGCAAAAACAUUAAGAAUAUUCUAGCAAGUGAAGAGUAUUCUAAUACUGUCUUGAGUAUUCUAAUGUAGUCCAUGUUUUUGAUUACAAGAUAAAAGGAGCAAUUCACAUCUAAAAAUAAAAUAAUGUAAAACAUUUUUUGCAAUGUGCCUAAAUGUCUAUCCCAGAGAUUUUAAUUAACUACACAUGAAUACAAUAACUCCUGACGUGCGUUUCCACAAUUAUUUCUUUAUAUUUCAACUUUCAAUAAUUAUGAACUUGUGGAAAAAUACUGUACAACAUUCAGAAUUUGUGGCGUAGUUUGUAUGAUUUUGACUUUUGUUAAUGAAUCAAUAAAUGUAAAGUGCAAUGAC